CGUGUAUACUGAGACGGGUUGGAGAUGAAGAUACAAGUCUCCAUUAGGUUUCGCGGAGAAGACUAGAAAUCGCGUAAGACGUUAUCGCGCAUAUAUGCGUGUGUCGCAGCUCGUGAUCGAGAGAAAGAGGCAGAGAGUGGGGCCAACGAUUUCUGAGAGCACGUUCGACGAGGCAACGCGACAGCAGUCUGCUUUGUAACGCGUCGAACGGUGAUGAUAUGCCGCCAUUACGCGCGCUUCGAUUCCAUCGGCAGUUCGUUUAUCAGUGAGUGCUCGACGAGCGGCAAUCGCACGACCGAGAUACAUUCUUCUCGAUAAAGACGCACGUUUCUGAAAUACGUAAACGAUAUAUCCACAGAUCGCGUUGCAUCUACUCCGUUUUAUUGUACGCAGCGCGAUCCGUGGCGGUGACGUGGACCGAGCGCGAUACGGUAUCGGCCCAGGAACCCGCGGCGUUUCCGGUCAAAUUAAACCCGGGAAUACCGUGCGCGAAAAGGGAGCAUCGGGAAUACCAGUUAUCCAUUUGUCCGCUCUUUUCCUCGUUUUUGCUUCUCCUCGCGAGAACCGAGCGCUCUCCGCGAGCGAUUCCACCUCCAAGGCGCGUCGUCGUCCUUCGGGCCGCCGCGUGGCGUCAUCGCUGAAGCCAGUAUCUGUCCAACAGUGUCGUAGGAUCAACCAAGAUAACAGACAGCGGCUUUCGUUCGCGUUGUACUUUGUUCUCGCGAGAGACAGCGAGCGGUGUCAACGACGUGUUGAAAAGCUCCGUUGGCACCAGGACCGAAUGAAGCCAGCCCGUCCGCGAAGCGCUCUCCACGGUGACGGCAGCAUGUCGUCAUAGAUUUGACGCGGUGGGCCUGGUGUUGACAAAGUGACCGCCGCCAGCGCGAACGAUGAUUUGUGCGAGAAUUUUUCGCGUAGCGCAUGGGCAUGGUGACACUGGUGCAGCAGCCGCAGCAAACGCCCGACGGUAAUCACCAGCGUCAGAAGGAGCUGGACCACGUGAACGGCGCUGUCGUGUCCGCCGAGAGCCACGCGGUCGACAGGUUUCGCGGCGAGGCUGCGCGCUAUGCGGCGGAAACCGCGGUCGUCGCCCCGGGCAUUGGUAGCGCUGGAGGUUCCUCUACGCAGUGCAGUGACGUAGACGACGACGAGGACGAUGAGGAAGAGGAGACGGACGUCGAGGAGGGCGUCGGCGACGGCUGGAUCGCGAAUCUGCCGGUGCCGUCGACCAUCGUCCAGCAGCACCAGGAGGUCGCCACCGCGAACGGCGACGUCGUCCUGCCGAACGUCGAUCCGUCCAACUUCGGCGACGUCUGCGUCAAGAACUCGACGAACGUGCACCUGGGUAACAAGACCUUCUACAAGGGCCCGGUCACCAUCAAGCAGUUCGUUUACACGAAUCCCACGCCGAUCCUUGAUAUUCUCGACCCCGGCCGCGCCUCCGACGUCAGCACCUCGGAUUUGCCGACGAGCAAGGACGUCGAGGCCCCAAACAGGCCCAUCUUUCCGCCAAAUACUAAAUUAAGUAAAGUGACGCAAUGGUGCUCGAAGAGGAAAUGCCCCGUUUUGUCGUGCGUUACAGCUGUAAUAGUUGUAGUUAUUGUGCUGAGCCUAGUUGUAUCUUUCACUCGCCCGGACACACUCCCGGAAAUUCCAGACUCGUCGAUCGAGGGCGUAACGGUAACAUCGGUACGCUUUGUCGAGAGGAACGAAUGGGGCGCGCAGCCACCCUCGGAGCCGCUGACGAAAAUGAAGCUGCCAGUACCAUACGUAAUCAUUAGCCACACCGCGACGGAGUUCUGCACGACGCAGUCGCAGUGCACGUUCCACGUGAGAUUUGCUCAGACCUUCCACAUCGAGUCCAGGAAGUGGUCGGACAUCGCCUACAACUUCCUCGUCGGGGGCGACGGCCUCGCGUACGUCGGCAGAAGCUGGGACUUCGUCGGCGCCCAUUCCUUCGGCUUCAACAACAGGAGUAUCGGCAUCUCCUUCAUCGGCACAUUCAACACGGUCGUGCCGCCUAAGGUGCAACUGCACGCCGCGCAAAAGAUCAUCGAGCUCGGCGUCAAGGCCGGGAAGAUCGCGUCCGACUACAUACUGCUGGGCCACCGACAAAUUUCCAAGACUCUGAGCCCCGGAGACGCCUUGUACAAUGAAAUUAAACGGUGGCCCCAUUGGGCACCGCAGCCCUGAUCCCAAUAGCUUUAACAUUUGUCAAUGAGAUACAAUUUCUGUGAAAAUAUUCUCAUCUUUUUUUUUAUCAAAUCUGUAUGCACCAACUAACAGUUACAUAACAUCGAUAUUAUAAUUUUCUAUUCAACAAUGUAACUGUUAUACAUAUAUAACAUGUGUUCACAUUUGUAUUGAAUGAGAAAUUAUAAUAUUAACAAUGUAACUGUCGGUGUUCACUGGGCAGUUGCCAGCUCUCAGAUAAAUAAUUCCAACAAGCUUGGACAACAUUUAGCUGAAAAUACCGCGAGCCCUUUAUUACUGUUUCGAAUGUAAAAUCCUUUUACGUUCGAAUACAAUGAGGCGACAAAAGAAGCGGUUCCUGCAGAUUUCGUAGCAUCGAUAAAUCUUAUUAGAAGCUAACUAUAGUAAAUGAAGGGAGUAAGCGUCAUACGUUAAAAGACAUCGAACGUUGAAGGUACGCUGGUUGAACCUCGUGGUGAAAUUAAUAUUAGCGUUUGUACCAAUUUGAAACAAGUUAAUUUUAAAAAUCGCCGUGGAAAUAUGUAUCGAGUGCCAGACAAAAGGUACCACAGUAAGAAGAGUCAAAGCGGUCCGCUUUGGUCAACCGCACGCGUUCACCGCAGUUUAUAAAAAGAAAUGAAGGUACCAACGUGACAAUUGCUAUAUUUUAUAGCGUGCCAAAUUUACCGCAAUCAUGUUAACACGGGAAAUGGAGAGCAUCUUGUAUAUACUAUUAGAAAAUGUAACAUUUCCUGUACGUUUAACGAGCCUAUGAUCUUUUUUUUAAAUAAAGAAAACGUGUCCAGA